AACCUCAAACAUCACCGAAUUUCUUCAUUCUCAUCUUUGCUUCAUAACAGUCUCUCAAAACUCUUUCUUUCUCUCUCUCUCUAAAAACAUUCAUUUUCUCUCACUUCUUUUUGUGAACCCAAAUGGCUCAUAAUCUUGUUAAUGGUACCACUACUCUGGCCAAGGCUGCCAGCAUAUCGAGCCGAGCCUACGUGACGUUCUUGGCCGGUAACGGUGACUACGUGAAGGGUGUGGUUGGUCUGGCCAAGGGACUCAGGAAGGUAAAAACUGCUUACCCAUUAGUGGUGGCGGUUUUGCCUGACGUACCGGAGGAGCACCGCCGCAUACUGGUGUCUCAGGGCUGCAUCGUCCGGGAGAUUGAGCCGGUGCACCCGCCGGAGAAUCAGACCGAAUUCGCCAUGCCCUAUUACGUCAUCAACUACUCCAAGCUUCGCAUUUGGGAGUUUGUGGAGUACAGUAAGAUGAUAUACUUGGACGGAGACAUACAAGUGUUUGAGAACAUUGACCACCUCUUUGACUUACCAAAUGGCUAUUUCUAUGCUGUGAUGGACUGCUUCUGUGAGAAAACAUGGAGUCACACCCCACAGUACAAGGUUAGGUACUGCCAACAGUGCCCUAACAAGGUCCAAUGGCCUUCCGAGUUGGGCCCAAAGCCUCCUCUCUACUUCAACGCUGGCUUUUUUGUGUAUGAGCCCAGCCUCUCCACCUAUGAUGACCUCUUGAAGGCACUCAAAGUUGCAACUCCUACCCCUUUUGCUGAGCAGGACUUCUUGAACAUGUUCUUUAGGGACAAAUAUAGACCCAUCUCUUCGGAGUACAACCUUGUUUUGGCGAUGCUGUGGCGUCACCCAGAGAACAUUGACCUCAACAACGUGAAAGUUGUUCACUAUUGUGCUGCAGGUUCAAAGCCAUGGAGGUACACUGGGGAAGAAGAGAACAUGGAAAGGGAAGACAUUAAAAUGCUAGUGAAGAUGUGGCAGGAUAUAUAUGAUGAUGAGACUUUGGAUUACAAGCCUAAUGGAACUGAAGCUGGUGGUGCUGUUGAUUUGAUGGCGGCGUUGUCCAAAGCCCGCGGUGGUUUCCACCACGUUUCCGCCCCAUCUGCAGCCUAAUUUAUUUGUGAAAAUAUAUACUUUUAAGUUGAACUGUCACUCGUCUUGAACCAAUAGACGCAGUUGAUAUUCGACAUGAAAAGCAAAUACUCUUUAUUUUGUUAUUCUUUUGAUUUUUAUUUGUAGAGUUUUUGGAUUAAGGUUGUGGUUGUCUAAUUAGAAGUAUUGUGUCUUUGUAUUAUUUUUUUUUUGGUUUUCCUAGAGUGGUGUUCUGUUGGGUAUGUUAAUUUUUUGACACAUACCCUAUAUUAUUAUUACGAAAAUGAAUUCCUCCAUUUCUUCUUUUUGACUGUAA